AUGGGAGAGGACUGGAAUUCGGACACGACGGGACUUUUACUCUGUUCUACACGGUAUCAAUCCCACGACUGCACGGCUCGCGAGGAGGAUUCUCGACUGGCUGAUGGACACGGGGAAGCUGCCGAUGUACAGCUUAGCCAGGAGGCUCGAGCUGGAAACGGCGGCCUGAAGCGCCCCCGUUUCGGAGGCCAGGAGGCCUCCUUUCUUUGUAUAUGGACUAGAACAACAAGCUGCGGAACGGAAACUCAAAACCCAAGAUUUCGCCUUAUCGAGGAUUGCAGCAAAGACGUGGGGCCCGAGCCUAUCCAGGGCUCGGGAGGUCUACGAGGGAUAGCCGACGAAGACCCCCCAGCCCUCUUGUUUACCGACAAAGCUCUGAUGAGACACGAAGGUCUUACAAAGGCGCAGAGCUCCCUCCUUUCCCAGGCCCGUAUCGGGGAUAUAGGCCUCCGGGACUACCUGUUCAGGGUGAAAGUCCCGGAGGUCCGCACCCCCUAUUGCGAGUGCGGGAGAGGCAGGGAGACGGUGGAGCACUUGGUGGUUUGGUGCCCCGACCCGCCGUUACAAAGGCCGUGGGACGGCAGAGAGAUUCGGUCACAUCGGGACCUACAAACCGUAUUACGGGGAGUAGGUGCCCGGAGCAGAAGAUUUGUUAGGAAGGUCCUUGGCUGGCUGAUGGACUCUGGCCGGCUACUGGAGUAUAGGCUGGCCAGAAGGCUGGAGCUAGAAACAGUGGAUGGGGAGGGCUAG